UAUUCUCGUAGACUUUAGUAAUAACCCUUGGCGACGCACACGCGGGAGUCGGUGGCACAGACGCUGACUCUGCGUCCGACAGGUUAAGGCCUGGACCUUUGCCAGUCGUGACUCUUGACUCCUGCCAGCAAACAAAACAUCGCCGUGCGGGGGAGACUGCUUGUUUGGACGGCACCCCUCUUUCCGCGGUGACAAGCAAACAUUUGUGCGCCCGUGCCGGCGUGACAGGUGCAUGACCUGAGGACAACCCCACACAGACCAGACCCAGACCAGAGGCAGAAGGCGUUGUUUACACCAGGAUACAGAAAAUCCCGCAAACAUGCAGGUGUCGUUCGCCUGCACGGAACACAACCUAAAGAGCCGCAGCGAGGACCGGCUAUGUGGUCUCCGCACAGCCCCACCACCAGGCGGUGGCAGCGGUGGAGGUGGUGGAGGAAGCAGCGGGGGUGGCAGCGGUAGUGGCAGCGGUCAGGGCAGCAACGGGAACUACAGCAGCCAGAGCGUGACCAAGACACAGGUGCGGGAGAUGUCUGGAUCCCGGGUCGCGCCGCAAGGCCACGCCCACAUGAAAGAGGCCAUCGGAAGACACAGCAGCAUGAAAUACAGGAACCUUGGGAAGUCCGGGCUGCGGGUUUCCUGUUUGGGCCUGGGUACCUGGGUCACCUUUGGCUCUCAAAUCUCUGAUGAGAUGGCAGAGAACCUGAUGACCAUAGCCUACGAGAACGGCGUCAACCUGUUUGACACGGCCGAGGUCUACGCCUCGGGCAGAGCUGAGAUCACCUUGGGCAACAUCAUCAAGAAGAAAGGCUGGAGGAGAUCCAGUUAUGUAGUGACGACCAAGAUCUACUGGGGAGGACAAGCAGAGACGGAGAGGGGGCUUUCCCGAAAGCAUAUAAUUGAAGGUCUUCGAGGAUCCCUGUCCAGGCUGCAGCUAGAGUAUGUUGACAUAGUCUUCGCCAACCGCAACGAUGUCAACAGUCCUAUGGAAGAAGUCGUGCGUGCGAUGACCUUUGUGAUAAACCAGGGCAUGGCGAUGUACUGGGGAACAUCUCGAUGGAGUGCUAUGGAAAUCAUGGAGGCGUACUCGGUGGCGCGGCAGUUCAACCUGAUCCCGCCGGUGUGUGAGCAGGCUGAGUACCACUACUUCCAGAGGGACAAGGUGGAGGUCCAGCUGCCAGAACUCUACCACAAGAUAGGAGUGGGAGCGAUGACCUGGUCGCCUCUGGCGUGUGGGCUGAUCACUGGGAAGUACAGCGAUGGGGUUCCCGACUGCUCCCGAGCUGCCAUGAAAGGCUACCAGUGGCUGAAGGAGCGGGUGAACAGUGAGGAGGGACGCCGACAGCUGGCCAAAAUCAAAGAGCUCCACCUGCUGGCAGACAGAAUGGGCUGCACCGCUGCACAGCUCGCUAUCGCUUGGUGCUUGCGCAGUGAGGGAGUCAGCUCGGUGCUCAUGGGCGUCUCCAAUGCAGACCAGCUCAUCGAGAAUCUGGGGGCACUUAGGGUGCUGACCCAGAUGACUCCACAGGCGGUGGGCGAGAUCGACGCCCUGCUGGGCAACAAGCCCCACUCCAAGAAGGAAACGCGCGCAUGAAGAAGGGGAACAACAAACGACAAGAAAAAAAAGACGUCAAAACAGACCGAAACAAAAAACAGAACAAAAGCAACGCAAGACAAAAGCAAAGACAAGAGGCUGAGAGGAUGCAGGAGGAGGAACGACAACGCAACAAAAGGGGGGAAGAGAGAGAGAGCAAGAGAGAGAGAGAGAAGAGAGAAGGAUGACAGCAAUCACGGCAUGCGGAGAAACAUCGCUUCUUUGCCCUCCUGCAUAACCAAUAAAAACAACAUGCAUGUUGCAACAUUGUGCUUCCAAUAUUCACGGCAUAGCUGCCGGUGCAACCUCUUUAAACCUUAUACUAUAAUAUACACACAUAUUUAAAUUUUAAAAUCUUACUCUAAGCUACGACUACUUCAACUACAGUAUGGACGAUACAAAAAAAAUAAGAUCACACAUGAAAACAUGUCCAGGCUUUUUCCAUUGCUGUGCACACAUGGACACAAAGGUGGUGAACUGAAGAUGCAUUUCAGGUCUCUGUCUUCCAUCAGUAAAGUUGAGGGGACAGAAAGGCUUUGAAAUGGACAGAGAUUAAUGGAUGGAUGGACGGAUGGAUGGAUGGACUGAUGAACAGUGAUGCCGCGGACUGGAACUAUAAAAAAAAAUAUGUAAACUCUUCCCCUCUCCCCUCUCCCGUCUUCUUCCUCUUGAGAAAGACAAUAUACAGUAUGUGAAAGCAGCUGAGAGGAUGAUGGAUCAUUUUACUGCCACAAUGCAACACUAGCCAGAUAAAUCUUCCCUUCUUU